AUGGAGAAGAUUGUGUUCUACGAGGACCGGGACUUCCAGGGAAAGUCCUAUGACUGCAAAGGGGACUCAGUUGACCUGCAUGGCUUCAUUCACCGAUGCAACUCGGUCAAGGUAGAAGGUGGCUGGUGGGUUCUGUACGAGCGUAACAACUAUACGGGCUACCAGUAUAUCAUUGGGCCAGGGGAGUACAAUGACUACCGCCGCUGGAUGGGCUUCAAUGACUGUGUCAGAUCCUGUAGGAUCAUCAAAAACGCCAAAGGGCCAUACAAGCUGAAACUGUUUGACCGGCCAGAUUUUGAAGGCAAAUCUUUGGAGCUGACGGAAAACAUGAAGUCUGUCCAUGAGAAAUGGCUCAGACCUGAAGUCCAGUCCUGCAAGGUCGUAGAGGGCUCCUGGGUUUUCUUUGAACAUCCCAACUUCUGUGGUCGCCAGUACCUGCUGGAGAAAGGGGAGUACCGAAACCACUCAGUGUGGGGAGCUCUGAAAGCAAGCGUGGGCUCCAUCAGGAGACUUGAGUUGUGA